UCACAAACAUCAUAACCAAUCACAAACCACAUCAUCACUCAACACAGUGCACCUCAUCCACACCAUAUAAAACCCCUCCACACCCACAUAAUGUAUUCUCCCGAACCAUCCUAACAAUCUCAGACCUUCUCCUCAAAAUUUCCCUCCGGAAAGUCAACGAGUCAAAACCCUAGCCAAAUGACGACGUACGGCACGAUCCCGACCUCGUCGUCGCCGGGCGGGUCGUCCUCCGUCUCCGGCGAGUACGUCUCCCGCGCCAAGGACCGCAUCAAGGCCGGCCUCGGCUCCCGCCGCCCCUGGAAGGUCAUGUUCGACUUCCGCUCCCUAAACUUCGCCCACGGCUUCGGCGACGCGCUCACGCGCCUCCGCUACAACGCCGCCUACUUCCGCAUGAACUACGCCAUCAUCGUCCUCCUGAUCCUCUUCCUCAGCCUGCUCUGGCACCCGAUCUCGCUGAUCGUCCUCAUCAUCAUGCUCGCCGCGUGGCUCUUCCUCUACUUCCUCCGCGACGAGCCGCUCGCCCUGUUCGGCCGGACCGUCGACGACCGCAUCGUGCUGAUCGUGUUGGGCGUGGUGACGAUUGUGCUUCUGUUUCUGACUUCGGCGACGACGAACAUCCUGGUGGCGCUGCUGGUUGCGGUGGUGGUGGUGGCGGUGCACGCGACGCUGAGGAAGACGGAGGAUUUGCACGUGGAUGAGGAGAAUGCCGGAUUGAUGACCGGAUCUUCAUCUUAGUUAACUAUUCCAUCCCUCUGUUUUUUUUUCUUUUUCUUGAAUUUUUUGGGUUUGAAUUGAAUGAAGUUUGUUGUAUCUACCUCCAAUUGGUUGGUUUUUGUGGUCGAUGAUCCAAUAGUGAAGAUUUGUUUUUGGCU